CCUAAACAGUGAGUUUAAAAUAAAUUAUUUUAAAUAAUAUACAAUAUAGUCGUUUAAAUUAACAAAUAUUAAAAUGAAUAUUCAAAAGAUUAAAACAACUUUUGUAUUAUUUAUUGUACUUUUUACUAUUUCUCUCACAUGUUCUCAGAAUGCGGGCGUAUGUGUUAUGCGGGGUAUUUGUGGUGACACAGAAUUGGGUACAAUUCCCUGCACUAACAAAAGUGAUACAAUCAUUUUGAACCAAAAUACCCAAAUGAAUUUGCAAUCGUUAUCACUAUUUGAGGCCAUGUGUCCACACAUACACGAGAAGGCAGAUCCGGAAGUGUGUUGCGAUGAAUUUCAAUUGGAAAGUAUGUUCAUAACGGUCUACAACUUAGCGCACUUGGGUUUCAAUCACUGUCCCUCUUGUCUAAAGAAUAUCGAGAAAAUGUUUUGCGAAAUGAAUUGCUCUCCAAAACAAAACAAAUUCAUAAAAGUUAAAAAACUUAAAAGAAGUGAAUCGGGA